GCGCGAAACUUCAAAACAGGAACCGUUAGAGGUUCACAGAGAGAUUGGGAAAUGGAGGAUUCGGGAGCGAUCCUGUGCCAAAUCUCAUCCUUGAAGGACAUGCUUGACCAGGUGAACGAAGAAAUUGAAGCGAAUAUUCAGAUAACGCGGGAGAUCGAGUCGGAGAUCGUGAAAUGCUCGGAAUUCGAGAGCGCUCUGGCUGCGAAAGAAUCCGACCUCACCAAGACGCUCUACGUUUCUCAGUUUGAGCUCAUCGGACUGGUCACCGUCACCAAUGAUUUAAGAAGCUCUGUAGAAAAUUUGGGGAAGGAAUUAGAUGGAAUGAGAUUGAAGCGGGACGAGACUCUUGGGAGAAUCCACGGAAAUCGGGAAAGGUUUAUGGCAUUGUGCAUGGAAUUCCAGAAGGACAUUGAUAAGGGUAGUGAGAAUGUACUAAGGGCUCUGCUGUCAGAGAAAGAGUACCUUCAAAAUGAAAUGCUUAUGUUGGAUGAGAAGAACAAUGCUUUGAAGAACUCAAUGAUGGCGUUUGUUGAGGGGAUUCUUGAAGAUCUCAACAGUGGAAACUCUGUGCAGCUUUACAGGUUGAAAUACAGAAGGCUAAUCAGGAGAACAAGAAAUUGCUGGAGGAUAUUGAUAACAUGAAAACUUCAUUGCUGUCAAAUUUUGCAUUUGAUGAUAUCAGUGGAGCAGGAUCGUGGACUUUACAGUAAGUUGAAGGCUGUGAGUUGUCCCUCCGGCCGUUUCUUCCAAAAAUGAGAAGGCACCAACAAAUUGGUAGGCCUAGCUUUUACUGUUUAAAGCUUUCCUUCAUAAAUGUUUUCUGGCAUCAGGCUUUUUCAGUCAUGCAUGCAGCAUUUGGUAUUUAAGUACGGUUGGCCGGCCGGCUUGGAUUAUUGGCACUUGAAAGAAAGCUGGUCAAAUUUUUGACUACCUGCAGCAUUGAAUUUGGGUGUGGACUGUGCACGUCAAAAUUUUCUCUUUCAUGAAACAGAUUUUGAGUGGCAUUAAGCAAUAGAUUUUCUUCAUCAAAAGUUAGAAGCUUGUUUCUUAGGGGUUGUAUCAAGGUUCUGAUUUCUGGUCCUGGGUAGGGGUCCAACUCCGGCCCUUCUGUACCAGGCAAGUAAAAACCUGUCCUUGUUUUGUCAUUUUCAAAAGUAGAUAAAGUAGGGGGUCCAGCUUCAGCGGUUUUCGGAAAACCUUACCUACGUGCUCAUGCACAUUUUGAA